CUUGCAGAAGUGGUCGUUUACGAGCGGCACCUGAAGGCAGCAUCGCUCUGAACCAGUCAAGCACGCGGCCAUUCACAGAUUAAGCCCUCUUCUGAGGCUCUGAAUCACUCGCCGGUGCACGCUAUCCAUUUUCUUUAUGUAGACACGCUCGAAGGUUUGGGGCGAGGAAGGACUUGACGUGAGCGCUUGAAGUCUAGUUUGUGAAACGAUGCCGAUGAAGUUGGAAAGUAAUGAGCGAGGAUGCUGAAAGUGACGGCAAGCUCGCUUUGUUGGGAGCAGCGCAAGGCUUUUGUGCCGCUGUCAUCCCGUGUCUCAUCCCUUGCUGCUUUGUCUACUCUUGGCCCGCUGAUAGAGACCGUAAAAGGCAGUGUGGUGUGUCAGUUUUGGACUGCCACCAGCAGCAGCAAAGGUGGUCUGGGACCAUGAGUCUGUAUGGGGCUGGUGCCACCAGUGAUGCCAGCGGCGGGGUAAGAGGAGGAAGUGAAUAUUACUGGGAGCAUCGGCGGCGCUCCAGUGACCGUUCACGUGAUUCGUCCCACGAGAGAGGAGAGAGCCAGCUGACCCCCUGCAUCCGGAAUGUAACAUCCCCCACUCGGCAGCACGACCGAGAACGUGGUGACGGCGGCUCAUCCUCCAGAUCUUCUAGUCCACGUCCGCCCCGGGUUUCUCUUCCCUGUUCGAACGUUGGAGGAGCUCUGUUUGCUGGACAUCUACCCCGGUCCUUUGGCACUGCUGUUGGUGACCACCACCCCAAUACCGUUGGCCAAGGACCAUGUGAUAUGAUCUACGUGUACGACCUGAGCAGUAAAGAGGUACAUCGUGGCGGUCUGCGAGUAGGAGAACGAGUAACUCUUAUUGUGGACAAUACAAGAUUUGUUGUGGAUCCGGCCAUCUUUACAGCUCAACCCAACACCAUGCUCGGCAGGAUGUUUGGUUCAGGGCGGGACAACAAUUUCACUCGGCCCAAUGAAAAAGGAGAGUUUGAGGUAGCAGAUGGCAUCAGCUCCACUGUCUUUCGAGCCAUUUUGGAUUACUACAAAUCGGGGAUAAUCCGCUGCCCUGACGGCAUUUCCAUUCCUGAGCUGAGGGAGGCAUGUGACUACCUGUGUAUCUCCUUCAACUACAGUACCAUCAAGUGCAGAGACCUCAGUGCCCUGAUGCACGAGCUGUCUAACGAUGGUGCCAGGCGUCAGUUUGAGUGCUACCUAGAGGAGAUGGUGCUGCCGCUGAUGGUGGCCAGCGCACAGAGCGGAGAGAGGGAGUGCCACGUAGUGGUGCUAACUGACGACGACGUGGUGGACUGGGAUGAAGAGUACCCGCCACAGAUGGGAGAGGAAUACUCUCAGAUUAUCUACAGCACCAAACUGUACCGCUUCUUCAAAUACAUUGAGAACAGAGAUGUGGCCAAGUCUGUGUUGAAGGACAGAGGACUGAAGAAGAUCCGAUUGGGAAUAGAAGGCUACCCGACGUAUAAAGAGAAGGUGAAGCGGCGCCCCGGAGGUCGUCCAGAGGUCAUCUACAACUACGUCCAGCGUCCUUUCAUCCGCAUGUCGUGGGAAAAGGAGGAGGGCAAGAGCCGCCAUGUGGACUUUCAGUGCGUCAAGUCCAAGUCCACCACCAACCUGGCCGCUGCUGCUGCGGACAUCCCCCAGGACCAGCUAGUGGUCAUGCAUCCCCCAGGCCCGCAGGUGGACGAGCUGGACGCGCCACUGCAGCUGGGUGUUUCCGACCCUCACCAACCUCUGGCGUCGGUUCAGCGUACAGAGGGUGCGGAUUGCCAGCAGGCUCGAGAAACCCAAAACCUGGCCGCUCACAGUCUGGCGCUGAGCAACCUGCAGCACGCCCGGGCAGUUUACCAAUACGAACCCGACCCAGACCCGCCCUCGCCCUCUGAAUGAGACUCUCCCACAUGACACUGGUAGUAGAGGUGGCUUUUGGGCUGGAUUUACACCACGGGAGUCCUCGGUUUAGGACGCCCUGACAUUUGGAGGUUACAAACGGCUAUGGAAAGCUCUUUGAGCAUUUUGUUGAUAGCCUUGAUAUGCAGCUUAAGGUCCACAUACUAAGAUGCCCCUUUUGCGCACAAGUAGAAUCACUACAUCUUACUAACAUUUUCCCCACUACUAGUGCCCCUAUUGGCCUAGUAGUACGCGCUUUAUCUACACUAGUAAGACAAUUCAGCCCACUAGUAGAACAAAUGUUUGUUUGGUUCACGACUAGUGCUACUUUUGUCACUAUUAUGCUUUUUGUACUGACUAGUUAGACCGAUGAUUCUCAAAAUGGUAAAGUGGUACACCAAAUAAACAUUGCCUAAAUACAGUUAAGUUGUUUUUAACUUUUAAGUUCAGUGCGUUUAAUCUUUGAGAACUGUUUGUUUUUAAAUAUUUAUUUGGGGACUAUUGUUAUUUAACUUAUAUGAAAUACAUUUUAAUCGUUGACUGACAAUAAAUGUUUUAAAUUUUCCUACAAAGCCCAAUUCUAAUGUAGCUGGGAUGUAAUGUAAAAUGUAAAUAAAAACAGAAUACAAUGAUUUGCAAAUCUUUUUUAACCAAUCUUCAAUUAAAUACACUAAAAAGGCAAUAUAUUUAAUGUUCAAGCUGAUAAACUUGCAUGCUGACCACUGUGUUACAUCACCUUUCCUUUUAACAACACUCAAUUAGCGUUUGGGAACUGAGGACACUAAUUGUUGAAGCUUUGUAGGUGGAAUUCUUUCCCAUUCCUGCUUGAUGUACAGCUGCAGUUGCUCUGAAGUCUGGGGUCUUCCUGGUCGUACAUUGCGCUUCAUAUGCGCCACAUGUCCGGACUGCUGGCUGGCCAGUCUAGUACUCGCACUCUUUUACAACGAAGCCACGCAGUUGUAACGCAUGCAGAAUGCGGCUUUGCAUUGUCUUACUGAAAUAAGCAGGGAUGUCCCUCAAAAAGAUGUUGCUUGGAUGGCAGCACAUGUUGCUCCAAAAUCUGUAUGUACUGUACCUUUCAGCAUUAAUGGUGCCUUCACGAAUGUGCAGGUUACCCAUGCAAUAGGCACUAAGCUCCCCACCCUCCAUACCAUCACAGAUGCUGGCUUUGUGCUGAUAACAAUCCUGAUGUUCCUUUUCCUCAUUAGCCUGGAGGACACAACAUCCAUGAAUUCUAAAAACAAUUUCAAAUGUUGAGUCGUCAGAUCAAUGCGCCCUUUUUCUUUACGUCAGUCCAUCUCAGAUGAGCUCGGCCCCAGAGAAGCCGGUGUUGUUGAUAUAUUGCUGUCGUAUAGUAUGGUUGAGUUUUAACUUUCAUUUGUAGAUGUAACGAGGAACUGUGAUAGCUGACAAUGGUUUUCUUAAGUGUUCCUGAGCCCACGUGGCAAUAUCCUUGACACAAUGAUGCCAGUUUUUAUUGCAGUGUCGCCUGAGGAAUCAAAGGUCACGGGCAUUGACUGUUGGUUUUUGGCCUUGCCGCAGACGUGCAGAGAUUUAUCCAGAUUCUCUGAGGCUCUUGAUAUUAUGGACCAUAGAUGAUGAAAUCCCUAAAUUCCUUGCAAUUGUACGUUGUUGGACUAUUUGCUCACGCAGUUGUUUACAAAGUGGUGAACCUCGCCCCAUCCUUGCUUGUGAACAACUGAGCUUUUCGGAAAUGCUCCUUUUAUACUCAAUUAUGACACUUACCUGUUGUCAGCUAACGUGUUCACCUGUGGAAUGUUCCAAACAGGUGUUUUUUUAAAAGCAUUCCUCAACUUUCCAAGUCUUUUUUUUUUAUCAGUUUGAACAUUAAAUAUCUUGUCGUUGUAGUGUAUUCAAUGGAAUAUAGGUUGGAAAGGAUUUGCAAAUCGUAUUCUGUUUUUAUGUUUUACACAACAUCCCAACUUCAUUGAAAUUGGGGUUUGUAUAUUUGAGCUCAGUGUUAAUGUUCAAACUGGAUAAUGUUACAUUGGGUUACAAUAAUAUUAAAUAUACUUUUUAGGAGUCAAACAACUUGGGCCUACCAUGCUACUGUAUUUUAAUCUGUCUUUACGGUGGCAGUUGAAUCCAGCCCAAGUCACAGCGUCCGUUUGAAGGUGUAGGCCACAUUUUCGAGCACAGUGAAGCACAAACGGGCCUUGAUCAGUAAUACACCUCUCGUCUCCCCUCACGGCAAAACACCACUUUGCCUUUUCAUACCGAGGCUGCGGCUUGUUUUCUGGUGGAGAGAAAACAGCACAUGAACUGGAAUCUUCAGUCUUCACCAACCAAUUAUUAUUUUUAUUUUUUUUUUUAAUCAGACCUAAGCGGAGUGUUGUUUUGUCUAUGCGACCAUACACUGACAAUCCACUACAUUUUGAGCAUCUGGAACCUUAACUGAAUUUAAAAAAAUGUCUGAAAUAUCUUAAUGCUCAAUUUGAGAGAGCCUGAGCGGUAUUAAUUUAUAAGUUUGCAGUGGUAUACAACUCUGCAUACUGAGACAUAUUUGACACAGCUCAUGAUCCUGAACAGUUCUACAUCACUACUAGCUACAACAAUAAUGAACACAUUGUUAAAUUGAUACCUCUAUCUCUAUGAAUGUCAAAACAGCAUUAUGUUGUGAAUACAUAUUUGCCACAGCUUUUGUAUUUGAUAUCAUUGUACAAGUCGUCAUAGUGGUCUGGCGAUUGUGUAUACAAAUGUGUGUGUGUGUGUGUGUGACUGGAAGGUUCAAUGCCUCUUCGUAGUCCACCUGGAUUCCUGGGACAAGUUAGAGACACAAUAAAUGUGGUUUGAUAUUAAGCCAUAUUGAAUGUGACCACUAGAUGACACUAGAUGUAAUGUGUUCUGAGUUACAAUGACACCGCACCACCACCAGUCUUUCGACACUUUUGAUGAAUAUACAACCAAAUAUGCACAUCGCGGGUUCUGUUAGUCCAGUCCUAAACAAAUGUAAGGGUCUCUGCUGGCUGACAUGACAAUAUUCACUGCUACAAGCAUAUGCUGAUGUCAAUGUUGAGAUAACGAACACAAUGAUUUUAUUUAAUAAUUAAAAAAAUAUGUUGACUUUA